UGUGACGUCACGGCACCGCCCGCCCCCCCAUCCACCCGUGUAACAUGUGCGCGGACAUGGCGGCCAAGGUGACACGGCGUUCGGUGGCGAGGCGGGGUUGGUGACCCGGGGCGUCCGUCACGGCGUUUCCCAGCAGCAGGCAGCGACGGGAAGCGGCACAGCAACUUUCUUCACUCAACAACUACGGCGGUCUAUUUGUUAUUUAUUCCCGCUGUGUAUUGCUGCAGAGACGCGCGGUCGUACGAAGCCCCUCGCCGAUCACUUCGCGGUCACUAAUUAAGCUGCAGUUGACCGCUAAUUGACUUGGUCGAGCUUGCGGGGCGCGCCUUGACCAUGAUUUCCGUCACGAAGCGAGCGGAUGCAGCUGAGCUUAAAACCGUGUUUAAUAAGUAUGCGAGCGUCGAGCACAAUGGAGAUCGCUUCAUGGCUCCAGCCGACUUUGUGCAGCACUUCCUGGGCCUGCUCCGCCAACCCAACCACAAUCCGCGCGCCGUGAUCACGCUCGCUGGCGUAGCCGACACCAGCAAAGAUGGGCUCAUCUCCUUCCAGGAGUUUGUGGCGUUUGAGUCGGUGCUGUGCGCCCCCGACGCCCUCUUCAUGGUGGCCUUCCAGCUCUUUGACAAGCAGGGCAAAGGCGAGGUCACCUUCGACGGAGUGAAGGAGGUGUUCAGCCAGACCGCCAUCCAUCAGCAGAUUUCCUUCAACUGGGACUGCGACUUCAUCCGGCAGCACUUUGGCCACGACCGCACCAGGCGCCUCAUCUACUCCGAGUUCACGCAGUUCUUGCAGGAGCUGCAACUGGAACAUGCUCGGCAGGCCUUCGCCCUGAAGGAUGUUAACAAGUCCGGUACGAUUCCAGCACUGGCCUUCAACGACAUCAUGCUCACCAUCCGUCCGCACAUCCUGUCGCCGUUCGUGAAGGAGAACCUCGUGUCGGCAGCGGGAGGCAGCAAAACUCACCAGGUGAGCUUCUCUUACUUCAAUGCCUUCAACUCGCUUCUCAACAACAUGGAGCUGAUGCGCAAGAUCUACAGCACGCUGGGUGCAUCGCGCAAGGGCGUCGGCGUCACCAAAGAGGAGUUUGUACUGGCAGCUCAGAGGUUCGGCCAAGUGACUCCGAUGGAAGUGGACAUCUUGUUCCAGCUGUCUGAUCUCUUCGAGCCAACGGGUCGAGUGACCCUGGCAGACAUAGAGAGGAUAGCUCCCCUCCAGGACGGUGCCAUGCCUUAUAACUUGGCCGAAGCCCAGCGGCAGCAAGCCUCAGACAAGUCAAGACCCAUUCUCAUCCAAGUGGCCGAAUCUGCCUACAGAUUUGGUCUGGGCUCAAUUGCCGGAGCGGUGGGCGCCACGGCCGUGUACCCCAUCGACCUGGUGAAGACGCGCAUGCAGAAUCAGCGCUCGACCGGCUCCUUCGUGGGCGAGCUCAUGUACAAGAACAGCUUUGACUGCUUCAAGAAAGUGGUGCGCUACGAGGGCGUCUUCGGCCUCUACCGAGGUCUCAUUCCUCAGCUCCUUGGAGUGGCUCCAGAAAAGGCCAUCAAGCUUACUAUGAAUGAUUUCAUAAGGGAUAAAUUCACGAAGAGGGACAAAUCCAUCCCUUUGAUUGGAGAAAUCAUCGCCGGGGGCUGUGCGGGUGGCUCCCAGGUCAUCUUCACCAAUCCGCUGGAGAUUGUCAAGAUCCGCCUGCAGGUGGCUGGCGAGAUCACAACGGGCCCGCGUGUCAGCGCCCUCAACGUGCUGCGUGACCUGGGCUUCCUGGGCCUAUAUAAGGGUGCCAAGGCGUGCUUCCUUCGCGACAUCCCCUUCUCCGCCAUCUACUUCCCGGUGUACGCGCACACCAAGUCCAGUUUCGCAGACGAGAAAGGCCAUGUGGGGCCACUGCACCUGCUCACGGCCGGUGCCAUUGCAGGCAUGCCGGCCGCCUCCCUGGUCACUCCGGCCGACGUGAUAAAGACGCGUCUGCAAGUGGCGGCGCGUGCCGGCCAGACCACAUACAGCGGCGUCAUAGACUGCUUUCGCAAGAUCCUGAGCGAGGAGGGCCCUCGGGCCCUGUGGAAGGGCGCUGGAGCUCGUGUCUGCCGCUCGUCUCCGCAGUUUGGCGUCACUCUCCUCACGUACGAGCUGCUCCAGCAGUGGUUUCACGUCGACUUCGGUGGCCGAAGGCCAGAAACGGUACCCAAGUCUCCUCUUGCAGAUCUGCCCCCAACCCGGGUCGACCACAUUGGAGGCUACCGCCUGGCCAAUGCCACCUUUUCCGGCAUCGAGAACAAGUUCGGCCUCUGCCUGCCUAAGUUCCACGUGGCUGGAGGUGGUGGCCCCACAUCGGCUGGCCCGGUGGCUUCGGUGGCGCCCCUCGCUGUGCCCCAGGCCUAGGUGCAGCUGCUGCUGUCGCCCUGUUCCAUUUGCGCAGCUGAACCUUCUUAUUAGUUUGUGGAACAAUUGUUUCACCAGUUGCAAUGGUGGGUUAUAUAUUUCCGUCUGUUCUUUGCUCAAUGGUUGGAAUAGUACGUAUAUUUUCAGUUUUUUGAUGACCAAGUUAUUGUGGUAGGGGGUUAAACAUUUCAAUUACUUUCUUUGCUAACUGGUUGCCAUGGUGGUUUAUCCAUUUUUAGUCAGUCUUUGGUGACCAGCCAUGCAAUUAUUUCAGCAGCCAAUUUCAACUAGAAAUUAUUGAGAUGUACUAGAGCAUUCGUUUGUUUGAGACACUUUAUAUGAGUGGAUAUUUCCACUUACAGUAAAAACCCUUGAAUGAUUUAUCUCGUGAGUACAGGUGGACCUGUCCCAUGCCUGUCACAUCUAUUCGACCAGCUGUUGGGAUCCGCUCUGCAAUCUGCUAUCGUGAUCUUACUUCUGUUAACUGUGCAGAAUGCUGUCAUUUUAAGAGCCUGGGAUGAUUUUUUUGCACAAGUUCUGAUGGUAAAGGUUUGUAAGCAAUUCAAAUUCUAAUGCGAAUGUAUUUUACUCGAGAACAGAAAACAGUGGUAACCAUAUGUGAAAAAAAUUAUAAACUUUUUUUUUCUCCUCAGACCGGUAGGUGUGUUUGCGCGUUUUGUCCUUGGCAUUGAUGGUGAAAUGGCAGUGAUGGAAUUAUCCUCUGCUGCUGCUGUUUUUGUCUCAUAACCACACAACUUGGCUUUAUUGGGUCAAUUGUGAUUUGACUCAUGGCAGAAGAAACAUCCGUCUAACAAUGCCUAGUGUGGUACGUACAGUAAUAUUGCACACAAUGCGGCCGAUAUAUUUUAUUGCAAUUUGAAUGUAACUGUGAGUCCGGUUCAUUGUUUUAGUGAAAAUGUAUUCCGCCAAAUUCAUUUGGCUUGCGAGUCCCCCCGCGCACCAGCAUCUGUGUGUCCGUUGCACUUAAACUGGACUCGCAGAAGUUGCAAAUGUAUGCUGAAGACAGGGUCAUUACGCACUCGAUAACGCGCGGACCACAGAGGCCUGCUGGAGAAAAUUGUAAAAAUGUGUGUGCUGUUCGGACUUGCACUUGUGAGCUCGUACUAAGUGCAAGCGUGUUAUAAGGUCUGGCUGCCUUGUUUGCCAUCCAAAGGACGUUCCUUUAUAAGAUGCCUUGGUUUGGGAGACUGAGAAAUGUAGGCUUCAUUGCUCCAUCUUCAAGCAUUAGAAAGGUACUCAGUUUUUGUUUAUUUUCUAUGGGUGGCAUCGGCCUUAAAUGCUGUACAACAACUCACAAAGCCACGGUUGCAGAAGAUCAAGGCUUCACGUUGCCCAUGGUUGCUUGCAGUGAACGUGUUUUAUUGUUGUGUCCAUUUCAUUUACUACAAAAUCUUUACAGUUAAAGAGUUUGUGUUUUAAUCUUAAAAUGUUCCGAUUUUUGUCUUCCUUUCGUCACGGUAUACCGAAUCAAUAUGUUCUGAAUGUAAAACACGGAAGCACCUUGUAGGUUUAUAUAAGCAAUGUAUACAUUUCGAUUUAAAGCUUUCGUGACUGCAAUGAUUCAUCAUCUUUGAUUCUUUCGGUAAAGUCACGUAGAAUGAAAAUAAAAUAAUAAAU